UCCCUCUCUCUCUCUCUCUCUCUCCAUAAUCAUAAUACUGUUCUCCUUCUCAGCUCUUUGGAAAAUGGAGAACUUCUCCUCCUCCUCUCCAAAUACCCCUCUUUUCUCAGUCCAUGAUCAUUCAUCGUGUCAAAACAGCAAUCUGCAACAGUUCAUGAUGAGCCCUAACCCGUAUGAGUAUUCAUACGCAUUCCAAGGUGGUCAAGUUGAUCAACAGACGGAGUUUCAUUCUUUUCCCAACGCGAAUUCGGCAUUUCCUCACAUCUCCAUGCCGAUUCAGCAGAACGGAUGCGAACCCGUGGUACCAACACCGAGUUCGCUGGUUAACUCGGGCGGGUUGGGGCAAGGACUCGGAGGGUUUCUUGAUCCGCAGAAGACAAAGAUAGCGAGGAUUAAGCGAAAACUCGCGAGGCAAAGGACACUUAGCUUGUCAAGAAACAACUCUUCUUCGUCUUCUUCUUCUAAUAACUCUAAUUCUAAUCACAGUUCAAACGAGUCGGAUUCAAGGAGACAGGUGACGUUUAAGGGUCAUCCCCAUAACUUCUCCCAAGGUGAUCAAUUUCGGUUCUGCGGAUUGAAUAACAAGAAGCUUAGGGUUUUGUUGGUGAAGGAGUUGAAGAACAGUGAUGUAGGGGCGCUUGGGAGGAUUGUGCUUCCAAAGAGAGAAGCAGAAGCAAAUCUUCCAACGCUGUCGGAUAAAGAAGGAAUCAAAAUUGUGAUGAGAGAUGCGGACUCUAACCAAGCUUGGUCUUUCAAGUACAAGUUCUGGUCCAAUAAUAAGAGCAGAAUGUAUGUCCUCGAGAACACAGGGGAGUUUGUGAAGCAACAUGGACUAGAGAUGGGGGACUCGUUUACAAUACACGAGGACGAAAGCAAGAAUCUCUAUUACUCAAUAAGAAAGGCAGAGAAGCCGAAAGAAGCAACAGAAAACGCAAAGGAAGAGGAGAUGAUAGAGACAACGGGAGAAUACACACCAAGAGACGAAGACGAAGCUUCCUUGGCUUUGCUCAUUGAACAGCUCAAGGACAAGGAGCAACAGCUCGACAUGAGCUUGUCCGCCAUCCAUGACGGAGAUCCCUCGCGUGCUGCUCACGUGACUGAUGGUCUUGGUGCGUCAACCCAGUUUCACAGCUAUGCUACUAGUUUCCCAUUCUGAAAAUGGAUUUUUUUGUUUGUUUGUUUGUGUUGUUAUGAGAUGAUAUAUUAUAUAGAGGAAAAAAACAUGGAAACUUUUACAAAAGGGUGUUUUAAUGAGUGAU